UAUUCUAUGCUCAGUAGAAUUGCCGCUUGUUGGUUGUGGUUAUGCUAUGUUUUUAAAAAUAAUCAACGUUUUUUAUAGCUUCUCGGUUAUUUCAGAAUUUUAAUUGAACAUGUUUGUAUGAAUGUGAAAUUGUCCCUAGUAAUAUUUCAUAAAAUUUGUGUUGGACGUAGAUAAUUAUUUCUGAGCGUUUUCAUUAAUUGAUAAUCCAAAAUGGGGAGAAAAUCUAAUCCUAAAAGCAAAGAAAAAAGAUUACAGAGGAAGGAGGAACAGAUAAGAAUAAGCCAAGCUAUGCAAGCUGUUGCUGUGGCUAACAAAUUGGAGGAUCCAAUGGAGCCUUUUCCUGUUUUCAGAAAAUUCAACAAAAAUGGAAUAAAUGCCGAAUUAUAUGUUAAAAAAGGCAGCUAUCUAGAAGAAGGGCUCAAACAAUGGGCUUUCAAUUUAACGAAGAAAAAUAUGCAACAAAAAUAUGAAUCUUGCUCUUGGGGAUGGUCAGAUGCAAAAAAAUUAGAAGAAUUGAAUGAUGAAUCAGCCUGGUAUCUUGUUGCGAAAUCAAUUGAUAAUGGUACUUUGUUAGGCUUUUCCCAUUUUAGGUUUGAUAUGGAUGAAGGUAUCGAAGUAUUAUACUGUUAUGAAUUGCAGUUAGAAACGAGUGUUCAACGUAAAUCACUGGGAAAAUUUAUGAUGCAGAUUUUAGAACUAAUUGCAUUCAAAAAUAAUAUGAGAAAAGUUGUUUUGACAGUAUUGAAGAACAAUCCUCAUUCAAAAUUCUUCAAAGCUAUCAACUAUGAAGUAGACGAAUCCUCUCCAAUGGAUGAUGAAGAUGAUUAUUCUUAUGAAAUAUUGAGCAAAAUAAAUAAAAAGCUUUUACCUGCCAAAACAUCUAAUUCUACUAGUUUAAGUAAAACUCCACAUGUACAUUCACAUUGCUGUUCAGGUCAUCAUCAUCAUUAAUUAAUUUAUAAGACAACUUCCAUGAUGUAAAGAUUAUAAGACCAAGAAUAAAAUCUUAAUGAAUCUC